AUGGAAAUACUGACUAAUGUGGCGGAGGACCUCAGAAAGAAACUGCUUGAUAUUCAAAGGGAGAAUGACACACCGUUGGGGACAAACAAUUUCACCGUGAAGGUGAGGAUGUCUUGUCAGCAUGAAGCCAAUGGACACACCAAUGGAUCCUGGCAGUUUCAUUUCAAUGGACAGGAGUUCCUAGUCUUUGGCUCAGAGAGUAGAAAAUGGACACUGGCUCAUCCUGGAGCCAGGCACAUGAAAGAAAAGUGGGAGAAUGACAUGGAUGUGACCAAGUUCUUCCAUAACAUCUUGAUAGGAGACUGCAAGACUUUGCUUACAAAAUUCUUGUUGCAUUGGGAAAAACUGCUCCAGCCAACAGCACCACCCACCGAGGCCCCAGGCACAGCCCAACCCAAGGCCAGGGCCACCAGGUCCAUCUGCUGCAGCCUCACUCUGCUCCUCCCCUGCUCCAUCCUACUGGCCGUGAAGCUGCUUCCGCCAAGCCCCUGUGAGCGUGGCCUGGUUCACACUCUCCCCUGUGGCCGCCACCUGUCCAGCACCUGCUGCUGGUGUCCAGACCUCCAGGAGUUCAAGGCUUCCCACAUCCAGAGUGUGUGA